AAAAAAAAAAAAUCCAAAGAGGAGAGCAAAAAAGGCAAAGAGAAUACGACCAGUCCACUCACCAUAACCCACGAGACCCUUUUCUUUCUUUGACAAGUUUUGAUGUUUUUUUUUUAAGAAUAUAAGAACCAAGAACGACACUUCUCUCCUCUUAUUCUUCUCUGUCUCUUCUCUUCUCUUCUCUGGCCUUUGAGUUUCAGCCUUGCUUUGUUUACAAGCCAGCAAUAUAGGACUUUUGAUAUGGGCAUGAGACAAACUUGAAUGAGGUCUUUUUGUUUGUGUGUAAAUUUUGAACUCCAAAAAGAGACAUUAGAUAGAUAGAGAGAGAGAGAGAGAGAGAGAGAGAGAGAGAGAGAGAGAAAGAGAGAGAAGCAUCAAUGGAGGAAAAGCCAUUCCCUGCGUGGUCCUGGUCUGUUGAGCAGUGCUUGAAAGAGUACAAUGUGAAACUGGAAAAGGGUCUGAGCAGUUAUGAGGUUGAGAAACGGCGUGAGAGAUAUGGUUGGAAUGAGCUUGCCAAAGAGAAAGGAAAGCCCUUGUGGAGAUUGGUUUUGGAACAGUUUGAUGACAUGCUUGUGAAGAUACUCCUUGUUGCAGCCUCCAUAUCCUUCAUUUUAGCCUAUAUGCACGGGGCCGAAUCAGUGGAAUCGGGGUUGGAGGCCUACGUGGAACCGGUUGUCAUUGUCUUGAUUCUAGUCCUAAAUGCCAUUGUUGGAGUUUGGCAGGAGAGCAACGCGGAAAAGGCGCUGGAGGCCCUCAAAGAGAUGCAAUGUGAAUCCGGAAAGGUCUUGAGGGAUGGGUUCUUUGUCCCGGAUUUGCCUGCCCGCGAGCUUGUUCCUGGUGACAUUGUUGAAUUGAGAGUUGGAGACAAAGUCCCGGCCGAUAUGAGAGUGGUGGUUUUGAAAACCUCGACGUUGAGGGUAGAGCAAAGCUCGCUGACCGGAGAGGCAAAUCCUGUUCUGAAAGGGACAGAUCCGAUUUUUGUGGAUGAUUGCGAGCUGCAGGCUAAAGAGAACAUGGUUUUCGCGGGGACAACGUGUGUGAAUGGAAGCUGUAUUUGUGUUGUGAUUAGCACUGGGAUGAAUACUGAGAUUGGUAAGAUUCAGAAGCAAAUACACGAGGCUUCUUUGGAAGAGAGUGACACACCUUUGAAGAAGAAGCUAGAUGAAUUUGGAGGCAGACUCACUACUGCAAUUGGGGUUGUUUGCCUUGUGGUUUGGAUAAUAAACUAUAAGAAUUUCCUCUCCUGGGAUCUUGUGGAUGGAAAGCCAACAAACAUCCAGUUUUCUUUCGAGCGAUGCACUUAUUAUUUCAAGAUUGCCGUUGCUCUCGCGGUGGCUGCGAUCCCAGAAGGCCUUCCUGCUGUGAUCACCACUUGCUUAGCUUUAGGUACGCGGAAAAUGGCUAAGAAGAAUGCUAUUGUGCGGAAGCUUCCGAGUGUGGAAACUUUAGGGUGCACAACUGUGAUUUGUUCGGAUAAAACCGGGACAUUGACAACAAACCAGAUGUCUGUCACCGAGUUCUUCACUUUGGGAGGGAAAACCACUGCUUCUAGAAUAAUCCAUGUCGAAGGAACGACUUAUGAUCCCAAGGAUGGUGGAAUAGUUGAUUGGACUUGCUUCAAUAUGGAUCCUAACUUGCAAGCCAUCGCAGAAAUAUGCACCGUUUGCAAUGAUGCUGGGAUUUAUUUCGAUGGAAACCUUUUCCGGGCAACAGGGUUGCCCACCGAGGCCGCUCUUAAGGUUUUGGUUGAGAAGAUGGGAGUUCCAGAUAGCAAGGCAAGGAACAAAAUUCGUGACACCCAGCAUGCUGCAAGCUAUUUGAUUGAUCGCAGCACGGUGAAGCUAGGUUGUUGCGAGUGGUGGACUAAAAGAUCGAAAAGGGUUGCCACCUUGGAGUUUGACCGCGUUCGGAAGUCAAUGAGUGUUAUUGCCCGGGAGCCAACUGGGCAUAACCGACUUCUUGUCAAGGGUGCUGUUGAGAGUUUACUGGAGAGGAGUUCAUAUGUUCAACUUGCUGAUGGAUCACUCAUUCCAAUAGAUGAACCUUGCAGGCAGUUGUUGCUUCAGAAACUAUCGGAGAUGAGCUCAAAGGGUUUGCGCUGCUUGGGUUUGGCAUACAAGGAUGAGCUAGGAGAGCUUUCGGAUUAUUAUUCCGAGAGUCACCCUGCUCACAAAAUGCUGCUUGAUCCUGCUAACUACUCCUCCAUCGAGAGCGACUUGAUUUUCGUAGGGAUUGUCGGUUUAAGAGACCCUCCUCGAGAGGAAGUUCACAAAGCGAUCGAGGACUGUAAAGAAGCGGGGAUCAAGGUCAUGGUCAUAACUGGAGAUAAUAAGUCCACGGCUGAGGCCAUUUGUCAGGAAAUCAAUUUGUUCUCAAAAGGAGAGAAUCUCAGAGGGAAGAGUUUUACAGCCAAAGAGUUCAUGGCUCUUUCGACUUCCGAACAAAUAGAAGUGUUAUCGAAACCAGGAGGAAAAGUUUUCUCUCGCGCUGAGCCUAGGCAUAAGCAAGAAAUUGUUAGGACUCUGAAGGAUAUGGGCGAGAUCGUUGCAAUGACAGGAGAUGGUGUCAAUGAUGCUCCUGCACUCAAACUAGCCGACAUUGGAAUUGCCAUGGGCAUCACUGGAACUGAGGUUGCAAAAGAAGCUUCAGAUAUGGUCUUGGCAGAUGAUAACUUCAGCACCAUUGUCUCAGCUGUUGCUGAGGGUCGUUCCAUUUAUAGUAACAUGAAAGCUUUUAUAAGGUACAUGAUAUCAUCAAAUGUUGGAGAGGUAAUAUCCAUAUUCUUGACUGCUGCUUUGGGCAUACCUGAAUGCAUGAUACCUGUUCAACUUCUGUGGGUGAAUCUGGUUACCGAUGGCCCCCCCGCCACAGCUCUAGGCUUCAACCCUGCUGAUCCUGACAUCAUGCGAAAACCGCCUAGGAAAUGCGACGACCCGCUGAUCAAUUCUUGGAUUCUUUUUCGUUACUUGGUGAUUGGUUCAUAUGUUGGCAUUGCGACUGUUGGCGUCUUCAUCCUGUGGUACACACAGGCUUCCUUUUUGGGUAUCAACCUCGCGAGCGAUGGGCACACACUCGUCGAGUUGUCUCAGCUUCGCAAUUGGGGUGAGUGUUCAUCCUGGGAGAACUUCACCGCAGCGCCAUACAAGGUUGCAGGGGGUCGAACCAUCUCGUUUUCGAAACCCUGUGACUACUUCUCCAUUGGCAAAGUGAAGGCAAUGACAUUGUCGCUUUCCGUCCUGGUCGCGAUCGAGAUGUUCAACUCGCUGAAUGCCCUUUCGGAGGACACCAGCCUGAUCAAAAUGCCACCAUGGAGGAAUCCUUGGCUUUUGGUGGCCAUGUCGGUUUCUUUCGGACUCCAUUGCCUCAUACUUUACGUUCCUUUUCUAGCAGAUGUGUUCGGAAUUGUUCCGUUGAGUUUGAAUGAGUGGCUUCUGGUCAUUCUGAUCUCUUCACCUGUGAUACUAAUAGAUGAAGUGCUUAAAUUUGUGGGGAGGAAUAGAAGGAGAAAAAGGAAGGAAAAACUGGCAUGAGAAUCAAUCCGGGGGUGGUGCUGUUGAAGAGGCAAACAUAGGAUUGCUAUUUUUUCAUUUGGAAUUCUUUGAUAGAAUAGUUGCUGUUCUUCACAAUCAAAAAUUGUUUUACAUAUCCAAAGGAAACAAACACAUGUUAUCAUCUGAGAAAAUAGGAAUGAAAUGUUAGCAAUCAUGUUUACUAA